AUGGGGCUCCGAGACAUGCUCAGGAGGAAGGAUGACGACGACCAGGAGCCGCAUCGACAGAAGGGAAACAGCAACAACCUGGACACGCCAGACUUCGUCUUCAUCCGCUCCGACACCACCACCCAGGAGUACAUCCAGCCCCCUCACCACCCCGACCAUGACCACCUCUCCGCGGCCAAGGAGCCCAGCCUCGCCCGGCGCAGCCUGGACGUCUUCCGCCCGCGAAGCCGGUCCCGUAGCGGCUCCGCAGCCUCGUCUCAAGCUGCUGGCGCCGACGGGCCCGCGAGCCCCCGCCGUCCUCGGCGCGUGUCCGAGGUCCUGCACCUCAACCGGGCGCCCGACUCGUCCGAGUACGUGCCCACCAACCUGCCCGAGAUCCAGGUCGGCAGCGGCGACGCCGCGCAGGACGAGUCGCAGUGGGAGAGCCGCGCCAUGAUGCUGGCCGGGCAAAGCGAGCUCGUGAGGAGCCGCCCCUCCAGUUCUGUCGGCACGCCUAGGACCCCCUCGCGGCCGCCGUCUAGGGGCGGCGCCGUGUCGUCCAAGGAGAUCGACGAGGACAUCCAGGAGGCCAUCAGGCUGCACGAGGAGGGCGACCUCCUCGCCUCGUCGAGGAUCUUUGGCCGGCUGGCGGAUCCGAACGGCGCCAACAACCCGCUGAGCCAGGUUUUGUAUGGUCUCGCGCUGAGACAUGGCUGGGGAGUUGCACCAGACCCUGCCGGGGCAGUCCGCUACCUCACAGCGGCUCUAUCAAGCUCAGCAUCCAUUGAGGAGCUGGCUCUCAAGGCCGGUUUAAAGAAAGGAGGUGCCGCCAAGGGAGAGCUGGUUCUGGCCAUCUUCGAGCUGGCCAACUGCUUCCGCCACGGCUGGGGCAUAAACAAAGAUCCAGUUGCAGCUAAACAAUAUUAUGAGACUGCUGCCAACCUUGGGGACGCCGAUGCCAUGAACGAGGUUGCAUGGUGCUAUCUCGAGGGUCACGGUUGUAAGAAAGACAAGUACGCAGCAGCUCGCUACUAUCGUAUGGCCGAGAAAGCAGGAAACAAGACUAUUGGGAAUUCAUGGAUCUGGAAGGAGAAAUACGAUGGCAACGGUAAGAAGUGA